CCACGUUCUCACCACAAGCAAGACGAAACUUCUCAUUAUAAGAUAGGUAAACAGUUACCUGAACACCAACAUUGACAAUUUUUUAUUUGAUAGCAUAACCAACAAUCUUUAUUGAAUUGUAACUCUAUUGAGUCUAAUUGUCAUCAAGAAAAAAGUUUCAAUCUCAAAGUUAAGACAAUUAUUCAAUAAUAUUAUAUAAGUGCUAAUUGGUUAACUAUUAAAAUGUCUAAUUAAUGGAACGAAUCAAUUAAAGUUUAAUGUUAAUAGAGAACUAAAAUCUUUAAUUAUAAAGCUUUCAGAUUUGAUUCAAAUUUGAAUCUUUGAAACUCAAUAACGGUAAAAGAUUAACAUAAAAUCAUCAAUUCCAUGAAAUCAAUGUUCCGCUACUUUUAUCCCGGUGGAUAUUUCCUACUCAUCCUCAUUAUCAUCAUCAUUAUCAUGGCCAAUCUUUAAUGACUUUUAAUCAUCUUAAUAAUUUUCCAUCAUUCCGUCUGUCACCAUCAUCAUCAUUAUCGUCAACCAUUCAACUGUCAACCUUAAAUUAAGAUCACUAAUCACGUCAAACGUUUUCAGUUAACUUUCUGGACAUAGUUCACUGAUUAAUUUAUCUCUCUCUCUCUCUCUUUUUCUCUCUUUCUCUCUCUCAUUCCGUUUUUGUCAUCUUUUUGUUCAUCCUUCAUCUUCAUCUUUUUUUCUGCUAUGAAAAUUUCAAUAAAAAUCCUUUCAAAUCUUUCUCAUGCUAACAGUUCAUUGUCUCUCCUUUUCAUAUUAUCUUCAGCCUUCAACCUUAACCUCUCUUUCUCUCUCUCACUCACUCAUUCAUUCAUUCAUUCAUUCAUGUCAUCAUUUCCCAUCGUCCAAUUUUAGCACUAGUAUCAUCGUCAUCACUGUUUCUACAUCAGUCUCAUCUAAAUCCACCAUCAUGAUAAUAAACUUUUACAUUGUCUUGGUUCUUGUAACUUUCAUCUCGGUGGUUAAUUCAUUCCCAGAAUCGAGUAAAUUGUCGACCACCAAAAAAAGUCAAUCAAAAUCAAUCAGUGGUCGAUCUGGUGGAAGUUUUGAAAAUUGUUAUUCCAAGGGAAUUGUUCAUCAACAUGGUUCUAAUUUAACUCGAUCAGAUGAUCCGUGUGAAAGGUGCUUCUGCUACAAAGGAACAAUUCUCUGUUGGAAUAUCAAUUGUCCACAAUCAUUGGAUCGAAAAGGAUGUAAAGAGAUCAAAGUUAAAGAUCUUUGCUGUCCAAUAUUAGAAUGCCCCUUAGAAGGGAAAGAUGCCGUUUUCAAGGAUAUUACUGGACGUCAACCACGAACUACACCAGACGAAACUUCCGAACCCUCGAUUACACCUAAAGAGAUCACCUGUAAAUAUGGACGAGAAAAAUACAAACCUGGCCAGAGAGUGACCAUUAACCCAUUGAAACCAUGUCAACGGUGUAUGUGUAGUAAUGAAGGUAAAGUUAAAUGUGAACUUGCAUCUACAUGUAAAGAUGAAAGUCUAAUCAAAGAAUUGAAAAAACAAUCAAAUCUAAUUAGCAAAGAUUCUGAUCAUAAAAAGGAAUCAGAAAAUGUUUCAAGUUUCAGCACCCGAACGAUUCCCGAUGCAAUAUUGAAAAGAGUACAAAAUUUACUUCACAAAGUUUCAACUCACAAUUUAACUUCAAUUAAUCCAAACGAUUUAAACUAAAAUCUAAAUCAAUGAUCAUCAAACAAUCACUUUAAUAUAAUUUACCAACAAAUUAAUCACAAACCUCAUUUACUCAAUCAAACUAUCAACACUAUUGUAUAUUUAUAAUCAUUUUAUUGGAAAACUUUUCUUCACAAUCUAAAUUACUGUUACAAUUUUUUGACAUCAACGUUAAUUGUUUGAUAGUAAUAGAUUGACACAAUCAGAUUGAUUGAACUUCAUCUCAUCUAAUUAAUAAUAAAGGUUGAAAAUGACACAAUCCAUUAUAUUGAAAGUUCUAAUUCGGCUAAUUAAAUGUCAACUUUAAAUUGGUGAUCAUUAA